AUUCGGUCAGUGCAUGUGGAGCGUGCGUGGGUGAUUCCUGUUGCGUAUCGUUCGUUUGACUGUGCGUGAAAGACACCGGACCAGGCUUUCGGGCCAUCUUGACAUUCCGUGGUUGUUACGUGGAACCGCUAUCUCUCUCUCUCUCUCUCUGUAUGCGAAGACAGGCUACAGGCUGUGUUUGUCUAUUUCGCAUACAUCCUGUCUACCAUCAGAUUCAGACCGCUUGCCUGGUUGAAACACAGGUUGCUUUCUCUGGACACCGCGGCCUCUGUGCAGAUCUGCCUUGUCGACGGAGCGGCUUGUUUGAACGCUUUUGUACCAUUUGACUCAUAGCUAGGUGGGCGAGCACACACACGACACAUGCAGCAGGUGUCUGCCCAUCUCUUUCUGCCUCUCUGUGUGUGGUCGGUGCAGCUGUUGGUGUCUGUUUGAGUGAGAUGUCUGAGUGUCACGACAGCCACACGGCCUCCGCUGCCAUGGCGGACGGUGACGGUGGCGAUGCGGGUACGCCACACACAGAUGAAUGUGACACAUCAAACACACAGCAUCAGCGCCACACGUGUGUGUGUGUCUUCGAUGGUGUGUGCAGACGAUGUGGCUGAGGAGGAUAACAAUGGCGGCGGGCAGCCAGACGGGCAAGACGACAAUGACGCUGCCAGUGGUGAGUCAACAGCACGCCACACAGACUGAUCAACACACCAGUGGCACACUCAUUUUCGCUUUGUUGACGAAUGUGUUGGUAUGUUCCGUUUCAGAUUUGUUGCGUGAGGAGGAGGACGGUGGGAUGGCCGAGGAGGAGGGAGAAGGUCUACAGGCGGCAGCUGACAGCGAAUCCGAAUCGGUGAGUCACUCAUUGACAGCACCAGUCGCCCCAUGCGACGAGCGUCAGCAGUCUUUCUAACUCUUUCUCUUUGUUGUGGCAGGAUGGUGUGCAGGAUGACAGUGAUGGUGACGGUGGGCCGCUGGGCGACGGCAUCGAUGACGACGACUAUGACGACGACGAGAGCGAUGAAGACGACGGCUAUGAGGAGGACGGUACGCCAGACAGACAGACGCGAAAGAGUGUGAUCCGCACACACAUUCCUUCACUGUGUGUGUCGGGUGGUGGCUGUGUGUGUGUGUGUUGCAGGCCAUCCUGUGCCGGUGGCCACCACGGUGGAGGUGCCUGACGGCUGUUUGGGACCCGAUGACAUCGAGGCUCGAUUUCCCCACUAUACCAACGAGGCACGAGGCAGCUGGCAUUGGGCAUCAUCGGCCGCACCAUCACCAGCCCUCAGCAAGUGACACGUCUCAUC